AAAUAAUCAAUAAAAUAUAUAUAUAUAAGUACGAAACAUAAGUACGCUAAGUCAAGGCGAAACGCACCAACACCAGCAACAGCAAGUACAAGCGAUUAACGCAUUAAACCGUUGCAAGAAGAGCCGAAAAACCUACUCACCUACUUUCGGUCGCACACAGCGCCCACAGCAUACAUACAUACCAACAAACACGCACAUACGAGCGCACCGUCGCAUUCGGCCAGUAAAGCUUUUGGGCGUGAAUCGCAGACAUUUCAACGUCUCAGCACUCAGCACGACAGACAAGUAAGGGCCGCAACUGACAGCGAGGAUUGCCGCGUGUGGAAAUCCUAUUUAAUAAAACACUUUUGUGUGCUCAAUUUGCCAACUUCCUGUAUAUCCGAAGCGUUGAACAACGGUAUAAACGCUCGCGCCUAUUAAGGCACUUGGCUCUGGUAAGCGUAGAGUUGAACACCUGCGGACCGCGAGACAGUUGAGCGCACGUGUGCAAAGCGUCUCGAACUGAACAGCGCAGCACUGUUCGGUUAACUCGCAGUUUUCUGUCAAUAUUAGCGCUAUAGCAACUGCUGGGUGUGGGCGAUACUGCGCCCCGCCACCGCAGUGAUGCAAGCAAAUUUCGAUAACAACGUCACAGAAAAGGAGCCUAAAACCAGCACCCUGAAUUUCUCAUCGUUCAAAUCAAGCUUUACUUCUAAUGUUAAUUUCCUGAAGAGAAGAUUUAGCUCGGGAGACCUCUCUUCCGAGCACGAUGAUGUCGAUCCCAGUCAACUGCCGCCUGCUGCGCGGCCAAUUCAGGAUCAGCCCACGAAGCCGCCAAUCAGCAGUGGUGGUCCACCGGUCAUGCCACCGCCGCCAGCACCAGGUGUUCCGCCUGCCGGUGGCACUGCUGGUGCCCCUGGCGGUCCGGAGUUGUCGCUGAGUUUCGGUGGUGGCAAGGCAGCGGCACCAGCACCGCCGCGCGGCGUCAGCGCUCCAACCAGCCCAGCGAAGUCGCGCGAGAGUUUGCUGCAACGUGUGCAGAGUUUGACAGGAGCAGCGCGUGAUCAAGGCGCUUCCAUUUUGGGUGCUGCGGUGCAGAGUGCCACACGGGCGCCAACCUUCAACAAGGACAAGUACUUCACGUUGCUCGUACUCGACGACCAAAACACCGACUGGUCGAAGUACUUCCGCGGCAAGCGGCUACAUGGCGAUUUCGAUAUACGCGUGGAGCAAGCUGAGUUCCGGGACAUUUCGCUUACUGCCAGCGCCGAAACUGGACCCAUUAUUUCCAUGGCUGUCUACCGUGGCGGCACCAGGGUGGCACGCUCAUUCCGACCGGACUUUGUGCUGAUACGCCAACCACCACGCGACGGUUCCAACGACUAUCGCUCGACCAUUAUCGGGCUCAAGUAUGGCGGCGUGCCCAGCAUUAAUUCGUUGCACUCGAUUUAUCAAUUUCAGGACAAACCUUGGGUAUUUGCUCACUUGCUGCAAUUGCAACGUCGCUUGGGUCGCGACGCUUUUCCACUGAUCGAGCAGACCUUCUUCCCCAAUGCUAGGGAUUUGUUCAGUUGGACCAAGUUCCCGUGUGUUUUGAAGGCAGGUCAUUGCCACGGUGGUGUGGCCACCGCACGUCUGGAGAAUCAGAGCGCUCUGCAAGAUGCAGCCGGCCUUGUCACCGGUUCGGGCAACGAUGCGCACUGCUACUGCACCAUUGAGCCGUACAUCGAUGCUAAGUUCGAUGUGCACAUUCAGAAGAUCGGAAAUAAUUACAAGGCCUUCAUGCGCAAAUCGAUCUCAGGCCAUUGGAAAACUAAUCAAGGCUCAGCGAUGCUCGAGCAAAUCACGUUAACGGAGAAGUACAAGUCCUGGGUGGAUGAGAUUUCCGAGCUCUUUGGCGGCAUGGAGGUAUGCGGCAUUUCUGUGGUGGUCGGCAAAGACGGCCGCGAGCACAUAAUAAGUGCUUGUGAUUGUACAUUCGCUCUAAUUGGCGAUAGUCAGGAAGAAGAUCGGCGCCAGAUCGCCGACUUAGUCUCGGCACGAAUGCAAAACGUCUGCCGGCCAAGCAUGGCACAGACCGGUGGACCACCACAUGGUAUACGUCAACCAUCACGUUCAUCCAUUUCCUCGCGCGGUGAGAGUCCUACCGAGGAUAUGGCACCAACACCACCGGCACCCGCCGGUCCACGCCCAGCUCCAAUGGGCGGUCCACCACCAAUACCCGAGCGCACUUCACCAGCAGUCGGCUCAAUAGGACGUCUCAGCAGUCGCAGCAGCAUUUCCGAGGUACCUGAGGAGCCAACUGCACCGGCUCCGACCAGUGUGCCUGGCAGUGCGGGCGGUGUGGUCCGUCGUGAUUCACAAACAUCGCAGGCAUCGAGCGUAUCGUCGGCCUCGAGGGUCUCGACACGUCCUCCGCAAACUCAGAGUUCCGUUGUUGAAGAUGCGGAGGAUACAAUGAAGAAUUUGCGUAAGACCUUUGCGGGGAUAUUUGGUGACAUGUAGGAAUUAGCGAACAAGAAACGCGGAAGAACAGCUAGCGAGACAAGCAGCGGUGGCGGUGGACCUGGCAGUGCAGGCGGCAGUGGCAUAAGCGGCAUCAGUACCGGUUCAUUUCUAGGCAAGCAAUUCUCGUUUGCAAGCGCCGGUGGCAAGUCGGUGAGCGGCAGCACUUCAAGCGUCGCCUCAGACGUGAUCUCAGCACAGCCAUCACCCAAAUUGACCGCAGAGAAGCCAUACGAUGCACGCUCAGACACCUCAACGAACUCCACAUUGACAGCGGGCAGUAUGAGCGUUAGCGCCAGCUCAGCUGCUAGCUACAGCAGCAAGCCAUCUUCCAGCGUUUUAGAUACAUUCCAAGAGGAGAACAAAUACAAGCCAGUCACCAAUUUUGAGCCACAAGAGCGCGUUAAUCCCUUCGAUAAGGGCGCACUAAAAACUUCCGCAACCAAUCAAACUAUCGGUAGCGCCGUAUCCACCACAUCAUCUUCAUCGAUCUCAUCCUCUUCGAUUUCAUCGCGCAUCAAUCGUAACGGUAAUGUGGGCAUUAAAUCGCCACCACCGCCGACUGGACCACCACCACCACCACCAACUGGCGCUAUCGCUAGCAGCAGCUACCGCAAUUCAACCUCGACCACGCCACCAAGCGCCGGCAAAGACAACCGUACUUUCAAUUACGGCAGCUCAACUUCCAUUGAGACCAUUACACGCAUGGAUACUAACACAACAAACACGACAACAGCUGGCCCGAGCAGUGAUGCCGCCCCUGUUGCCGGUGCACUUGCCGAUGAUAACAAUGCAACAGGCGUUGCUGGUGGCGCUACUUCCUCCACGAGCGGUGGCCCAGAUUGGAAGUCGAAGAUGGGCAUACGUUCGGCAAGCGUCUACAGCGCGCCCGCCAAUUUGCCAGCAGCUGGUGAUACCUCCGGCUAUGCAUCCAACUCAAGCCCUGCUUCGAACGCCUAUAACACCACAGCCGAUCUGCCAUCGUACACACGACCAUCUUAUUCGCGCUCCGAGAGCAAUGCUUCCAACAAACAAUCCGACUUGGACAUAAUCUUCGGCGACACCAACAACACCAAGUCCAGCCAUGGUAAUGGCAAGUACACACGCGCCAGCGGUUCACUCUCCGAUGCCGAACUCAUCUUCGGCGGUCCACCGACCAAUUACAAGGCCGAUCGCUUUGGCGCCUCCAAGAGCAUGAGCGUCACAUCCGAGCGCAGCAACGACGGCAAUGACAGCUACAAUGCGUACCGCAACUACGAGGGUAUACAAAAUGCGGCAUUUAGCGAUUUUAGUGACUCGCCGAAGACGGGCAGUGUUAGCAGCAUUAACUCGUUUGGCAAUACGAAUCGUUGGAAUAAGCCGACUGUCGAAGAGGAUGACGAAUUGGAUUUGAAGUAGGACAGGGUAAUGAAUCGCAGCAAAAUUAAAGUUCGUUAAAUGGCUGGUGUAUAUAUACUUAUAUGGUAUAUAAAUUAUAUAUAUGUAUAUGGGUAUGUACGAACGCCAGUUAUUUGAAAAUACAAAUUUGAACUUAGAAAAGUCAGAAGAAGUGAAUAAAUGGAGCAAAAAUAUAUAUGAAAAGUAAACAAUACAUACACAUGCGCAUCUAUCGCCUCUGAAGUUUCCUGGUUUCAUAGUGGAAAGAAUUCUUCAUAGAAGCAAGCGUAGAUGAAAAGUUGAAUUUCAUUUUAGGUUUCUUUAAUUUUUUAUUACUUAGUUUAAAUUUUUUUGUCAAAGUAGUUUUACAUCAAAACAUACUGGACCAGUUUAAAGUAUUCCUAAAAUUUUUGGAGAAAAUAGAUUUAUUUUUUAGAAAAUGAACUAACAACGGAACUUAAAAGUGAAUAAAAUAAGAUGAAAUUAACAUCAAAUAUUUUGUGAAUAACUCUCCUAUUCGUAGCAUGAACAGGAAAUGUUUCGAAAAAGUACCGAACCUAUGGAAAAAAGCUGUGAUGGAGGGCAACAAUUGAUAUUAAUAUGGGAAUUGAAAUAUUAUGCCAACAAAUCACACAAUCUGUGUCAAAGGUCUUAAAUUUUUUACCAUAUUACAUUAUUGCCUAAUUAUGGAAAAUAAUAUAAACUUUGGCUACGCACAUAGUGGAAUUAAAUUUGAAAGCUUUAUCUGUGCGGUAGUGAAAAGAGUUUGUGUUAGAGCAUGCGAGCGUGAGAAAGCGUUUGUGCUGAGAGAAGUAGGUAGCUUACAGAGUACAGCAAGGCUUACAGAGCUUUAUAAAGCUCUCAAGACACAUUAAAAGCUUACGAGGUGUCUGAAACGCACAGACAACUUCAAAGUUUAAAGAGCCUAAUAAGGCUUUGUAAAAUAAAAGUAAGCAAGUUUACUUCCAUUCUUACAUUCGGCGUUGGGUUCCAGAUACAAUUACGCGAAUACAAAAGUAUUUUAUGUAACUCUACAACAACAAAAUAUGCUUCUGCCUUUCGUGUUAUGCUUUGUUUCUCACGAGACUAGAAUGAGAUUUCAUGGACCAAAUGAAGUAGUAAAACCUUAAUCCACAGGUAGACACUUUAAGGCCAACAAAUGAGACUCAAAACUUGCGCUUAAAAUUUUUGGAAUAAUUUCACAUAUUUCUGAAACAGAUUCGUUUUUAAAAGCCAUUCUUAAUUUUCCACCACAUUUUUACCAAGUAAGCAAACUAGUUCUCGUCAAUAGGGGGUCUCUCAACCGAGGCUGUUGUGUUUUUUUUUUCAUUGUAAGUGUUUUUUCACGUGGCGGCUCUUAAACCCAGCG